GCCCCGCCGCGCGCCUGGGAUCCAAUCGUGGCUGUGACCUUGACCGGGAAGAAGUAGUUCUCGUAGAAGCCGUCGGGGAGCGGCAGUUCGCGAAGAACAAGAGCUGCACCUACACGUUGAGUGGAGACCGAUCACGGUGGAUCUGUGCCUCCAGAGGCUGUCGCCGACGGCCUGUUGAGCAGAUUUUCCCGCCGCUAGAGCUGCAAGAUUUCUCUGCCCCCAACAAUUCCAAGCUUUCUCGAACUGCAAGAUUGAGGUGCCUUGACAAGGCGGCAAUAAUCAUUGAUCAGUCGGAGAUCGACGAAUAAGGGAAGGCAAGGAAUCCAUGGAAGAUUGUGCACUGCAGGUGGAAGGAUUCAAGCUAUUGGCGGCGACGUUUCAAGUUUGGGUAUCGGGAAUUGCUUGCUUUAUGCCGAUGGAGCAUUAACAGAGUUCAUCAAGGAGUUAAUUAAGCUUCUUUAACAGUGUGAUUGUGAGCUUUCUCUCCUGGACGGAGUGGAUGAUUUUGGAUUGGAAUAUGGAGAUUGGAUUGUGAGGAUAAUUCUCGGAUUAGGGUUACAGAGAGAGGGCAACAUAUUAGAGUCUGUUCUCGGAUUGAGUUUGUAUUUCUAUUGAGUAUAAUUUUUGGGUGGGGUUGAGUUUGGUUUGGUUGGAUAUAAUUGGUUUGGUUUAUUGAUUUUUUAUUAUUAUUUGUUGAUGACAUGUCGUGCUGACUGGAGUAACAUAACGGAUUUGUGGAUGGAGAUGGCUGGAAUUACCUUUUUGUUAUUAGUACAAACAUAUGUUACCGAAACGUGCAAAAUUAAAAGUUUGUGACCGUUUUGUACAAAGUGAAUAGUUUUGUUACCAUUUAUGAUAAUUACCCUAGUUUUAAGCAUGAUUAUUUACUUUUAAUUAAGACCACAAUUUUCUUAAUGACAAGAUAGCUCACUUGGUGGGUUGGAACUUAGAAGACCCUUUCUUUGUUAUCAUAUGUUAGGGUGAUUCUGAUUUUUGCGAUCAACUCUUAGUAGAAUUGUCGACAUUAAAUUUAUAUUUUGUUCGUAUUAAAAGCAGUCUUUUGACAUCUUUUCCUAUUUUCAUUUUAAUUAGCAUUGUCAAAAUGAUUUUUGCAAAAUGUUCUAACACCAAUGUAUCGUACAUUGAAUAAUUGAGAUCGUUAGGGGUUCAAAAUUCAAAUAAUAAUUGGGUGGAUCCACUGGAGAUAACAGAGCACACCAUCCAACAUAACUUCCCUACCUUACAGUUGAUACAUUCAUGGGGUAGAGAGGAGGGUGUUGGGCUAGUAUAAAUAAAAACCAUAGAUAAGAACGUGGAAUAACAGGAUAUUAAUUUGAUAUUCCCCAGUUGCCCUCUGCAUCUUUCAUAAACCAUCGCUCCCUCCAUUCCUUCUUAAACAAAGACACUAACAAAAACAAAAAAGAGAGAACGAAACGUCUCCGCUGAGGCAUCCUUGUGCGCAUCUUAGAUACGUUGAAUAAAGCCUCCGCGCAUUUGGCCGUUUGCCGAACCAAGAGUAAUAAUCAGCCGGUGAGACCAUGAUUCGAACGGCUUCAUCCAUCCGAACUUUGGUUAAGUCUCUUCGAGCCAUCUCUUCUUUCUCCCAGAUUGGAGUUGGAGCUCGAAAUUCUUACAAUUCGGGUGCUGUAUCUUCCCUGCAACAAGUUAUUAGGCCAUCUACUUACGGUGAGGAUGAGUACGCUGACGUGGAUUGGGAUAAUCUUGGGUUCGGAAUCACCCCAGCUGAUUACAUGUACAUAAACCAGUCAACAAAAGAUGGAGAAUUUCAUCAAGGACAACUCAGUCGCUAUGGCGCUCUCGAGCUCAGCCCUGCUGCCGGGGUUCUCAACUAUGGCCAGGGACUUUACGAAGGCACAAAAGCGUACAGGAAAGAAGACGGAAGACUACUGGUGUUCCGUCCAGAUCAGAACGCUCUGCGGAUGAAGAUGGGCGCCGACAGAAUCUGUAUGCCUUGCCCUUCCGUUGAUCAGUUCGUUGACGCCGUUAAACAAGUUGCUCUCGCCAACAAGCGCUGGACUCCGCCUCCUGGGAAAGGAACUCUCUACAUAAGGCCUCUGUUAAUGGGGAGCGGUCCGAUUAUGGGGUUGGCUCCGGCGCCGGAAUACACUUUCCUCAUCUAUUGCUCUCCGGUCGGCAACUAUUUCAAGGAAGGGUUUGCGCCGUUGAAUCUGUAUGUGGAGGACGAGUUCCAUCGUGCAACCCGUGGUGGAGCAGGAGGCGUCAAAUCAAUCACCAAUUACGCGCCGGUUCUGAAAGCAAUAGCUAGAGCGAAAGGGAACGGGUAUUCCGACGUUCUGUAUCUGGAUUCGGUUCACAAGAGAUACCUGGAAGAAGUCUCUUCUUGCAACAUUUUCGUUCUCAAGGGGGGAGUGAUAUCAACCCCUGCUGCAAUUGGUACCAUUCUUCAAGGUGUCACUCGCAAGAGCAUCAUCGAAAUCGCUUCCGAUCAAGGCUACCAGGUUGAAGAACGAGCAGUUGCAGUAGACGAACUGGCGGAGGCCGACGAAGUCUUCUGCACGGGAACCGCAGUAGGCGUUGCCUCCGUGGGCUCCAUAACGUACCAGGGGAAAAGAUUGGAGUACAAGGUUGGAGCUGAGACGGUGGCCCAGCAGCUCUACUCGACCCUGGAAGGGAUCAAGAGCGGCGCAAUCGAGGACAAGAAAGGCUGGGUCGUUGAGAUCUGAUGAGCACGUGCGGUUUUUCAGCUCAACCACAUUUGGCUUACCUACUUACUUCAUGCGAGAUAUUGGUAGCUGAGCCUAUCUAAGGAAAGUUUGUACAAAAAAUAAAAUCUUCCUAUUAUUGUACCCCCUGCUGCUUUCAAUUAUCUGUCAGCUAGCAAGCAACUAUUUCUAAUGAGGAGAAGCAACCAACAAAAUGAAUGCGCUACUUGCUAUCUACCUUGCUUGUUGGUUGACAGGAAAAAAAACUGUGCAUCCAUCCGCCAAUCAUGAAUGUAUAUGAGGCCCCGCUAAUAGCCUGUGCUCGCAGGCCCCCAGCAUAGGAUGUGGGCUUCAAUAUUGAUUAUGGGUCUUUUCCAACUUGCUCAACUGUAGAUUUCUCUCUAAUGACUUUCUCUCCAAACCUCUCUUUUCUAUGAACUCUUUGGAGUUCUGUAUCCAGUCUUCUUCGUUGAGACCAUUCCUGCUCCUGUAGAGAUAUCUUUGGAGCCAUAUAGCGGUAGGGAUAGACUCCUUCCCUGCUCUGAUGUACGUCCUAUCCUGUGUAUUGAAUUCAAAGUGGAAGAAGGUAGCAGGGAUGACCCUAGAUCCAGAAAAUGAAAUGCUAAGAUGGGG